UUUGUGCCGUUCUACACGCAACAUGGCUUCGCAUUUCUUCUACCGCACUGCAUUUUACGCAACUGCAUCGAAAAAAUCAAUAAAAUUGCCCUUUGCGGCAGGCCGCACAGCCGCAACAUUGGCCGUGGGUCUUUCAUUUGGUGCACAAAAUAGCCGCAGCAUUGCUGCGCCGUUCGACAAUCUCUACGCCGACAACAGUUUCAGCAAAGGCCACAAUGCUCCAAGCUCCUACACCUUCUCCGGCGGCAAGGGGCUAGGGCUGCUGCGGCAGAGCGAGUCAAUGCAACGCCCGUUAUAUAGAAAUUUCUCAAGCCUGCAAACGCCGUUGCAGAGCGCAAUGGCACCAUUAAAAUCUCGCCGGUUCAUAUCCUCCAAGGAUAUAACCAAAAAUAUGACAUUAUAUACGAACAACAAGGCCAAUAUCGAAGUGGAUCCACAGACACUAGCUUUCAAGAAGCCCACAGGCAAUAAUCCACUUGUUAUGAUGAUGGCUUGGCUGAUGGCCAAGCAGAAGCACUUGAAGAAAUAUGCCGAGAUCUACACUGAAAUGGGUUUCGAUGUGAUGGUCGUCCAUAUUACACCCUGGCAGCUUCUCUGGCCAACGAAAGGCACGCAAGUCGUAGCCGCAGAAACUCUAAAAUUUCUGGAGAACAAUAAAUCAUACGCGCCUAUUGUGAUGCAUGGCUUCUCUGUGGGCGCCUAUCAAUUUGGAGAAAUUAUGUUGCAAAUGUCUCGCGAUAUGGCACGUUAUGGCAGUAUUCUUGAUCGUUUUGCCUGCCAGAUUUGGGACAGUGCUGCCGAUAUUACCGAAAUACCCGUGGGUGUGCCCAAGUCAAUAUUUCCGAAAAAUGCACGCAUGCAGAGCGCAUUGCGCAAUUAUACGCUCUACCAUCUGAAGACAUUCCACAAUCAGGCGACCAUACAUUAUAUGCGAUCCAGCCAAAUGUUUCACUCCACAAUUCUCAAGGCUCCGGCUUUGUUCUUCGUCUCAGAGAAUGACCUGAUUGGUCCACCAAAAUCGAAUCAGGCCGUGCGCGAAAAUUGGGAACGCGCUAAUAUUAAGGUGACCUUCAAAUGCUGGGAACGGUCGCAACACGCCGGCCAUUAUGUGAAACAUCGCGAUGAAUAUUUGGAGGCGCUGUUCAAGCAUUUGGAAUUGUGCGGUGUUCUGGAUUCGGUUGGUGUGCCAAAGCGUGCCAAAUUGUAAACAGCGUAACAAUAUUGGCGGUGAUAACUAUAUAUGAGAACGACAUAAGAAAUGUGCGCGUAUACAAGCAAGGAAAACGAAAAGGUCUUGUAAGAACGUAAAAUGAAAGAUAAGAACCCAUUGUAACAAUAAACUUAACUCCGAAGAAUAUACAAUCGUACAUUCUUCAAAAUGCAUGCACAUACGAGUAUUCUAUUUUGAAAUCGAUGCCUUAUUCACAAUUUUGAAAAAAUUUGAACAUAUACUAUAAAUAAACUGUAUUAGGUUUUGUUUUUAA